AGGUUGGUGACGCGGCCAGGCAGUACCUGGAGAAGGGCCUGCUGGUGCCUGACCACGUGAUCACGCGGCUCGUGCUGUCCGAGCUGGAGCUCAGGAGAGGCCAGCCCUGGCUGCUGGAUGGUUUCCCCCGGACCAUCGGGCAGGCCGAAGCCCUGGACAAGGUCUGCGACCUGGACCUGGUGAUCAGCCUCAACAUCCCCUUCGAGACCCUGAAGGAGCGGCUCAGCCGGCGCUGGCUUCACCCGCCCAGCGGCCGCGUCUACAACCUGGACUUCAACCCACCGCUCGUCCCGGGCGUGGACGACGUCACCGGUGAGCCGCUGGUCCAGCAGGAGGAUGACAGACCUGAGGCGGUGGCCGCCCAGCUGCGGCGGUACAAGGACGCGGCAAAGCCGGUCAUCGAGCUGUACCGGAGCCGGGGUGUGCUGCACCAGUUCUCGGGGACGGAGACCAACAAGAUCUGGCCAUACGUGCACGCGCUCUUCUCCAGCAAGCUCGCGCCUCUCCAGUCCAAAGAAGCCAACUGAGGCCCCCGGUGGCGGCGGCUGGUCGUUUGGCGCCCUCCCGGGCCACGCUGGUGGCCGGCCAGGAGCUCGCGGCAUCUUCUCUAGGGAAGCGUGCCCCGAAGGGAGGACUGGCGCGUGCGGGGCUGCGUGAGAGCCCUCCUGGCCGUGCCCCGUCCCGCUGUCCGCCUGCGCCACCGCUGAGGCUGGCUGUCCGGCCGGGGUCCCUGCUCAGAUGCCCCGGGGCGAGGGCUUGGCCUCCGCCGGGUGAAGUCUGACAUCUGUGCCCCUUCCUGCCGGGCGGGCUGCGGGCUGUGACCCAGAGUGGGGACCCGGCUCUCGCAGCCCCAGCUGAGCCCGCAGCGCCUUCGUCUCCACCGCGGCUGCCUCUGCCUCGCUCUCUUCCUUUUCCUGUGAAAAAUGAGACCCCCAGAGUCCGAGAAUUUUCAGAAACGUGGAGAAGCGUCCAGAAGGGCUGCAGGAUCGCCCUGUGUGUGGAGAGGAACCGGUCCCGCAGAAUGGCUGGGAGAAUAGAAGAGUGGGUUGCAGGGGACAGCAAAUCGUGUCCCAGCCGCGCUGCGCGAUGCCAGCCCCGCCUCCCGUGACUGACGCCACGUGCCCGGGGGCGGAGCCUGCGGGGGAGGGGAUGUCACACUGGCGCCGACGCCCUUGCCAUUGUGGGAGACGAUCUCUUCCUGUUUCCCUCUAUUCCAAAGACUUGGUCUGUGGGUGGCCACGAGGUCCAGAAAUACAGAUUCUAGCGUCUUGCUGUCA